GGUGCUGCGGAACCAGGAGCCCCGGGCGGCGGCGGCAGCCGAGGCUGGACAGGCGGCCAGGGGCGAGGGAAGGACAACGACGACGACGACGAGAGAGGCCGGGCCGAGCUGAGGCGAGAGCGUCCGCCGCGAAGCGGGCCAGCCGCAAGGACGCGCGCCGGGCCCCAGACAUGGUGCUGAUCAAGGAGUAUCGAGUUGUCCUGCCUGUGUCUGUUGAUGAGUAUCAAGUAGGACAGCUGUAUUCGGUGGCAGAGGCCAGCAAAAAUGAAACAGGUGGUGGUGAAGGUGUGGAGGUCCUGGUGAAUGAACCCUAUGAGAAGGAUGGCGAGAGAGGCCAGUAUACCCACAAGAUCUACCAUUUACAGAGCAAAGUACCGACAUUUGUUCGAAUGCUGGCCCCAGAGGGAGCCCUGAAUAUCCAUGAAAAAGCGUGGAAUGCCUACCCCUACUGUAGAACAGUUAUUACAAAUGAAUACAUGAAAGAUGACUUCCUGAUUAAAAUUGAAACCUGGCACAAACCUGACCUUGGAACACUGGAAAAUGUGCACAAACUGGAGCCAGAUGUAUGGAAACACGUGGAAACUGUUUUUAUAGAUAUUGCAGAUCGAAGCCAGGUGCUUAGCAAGGAUUAUAAGCAGGAAGAAGACCCAGCAAGAUUUAAGUCAAUCAAGACGGGUAGGGGACCACUGGGUCCCAACUGGAAGAAAGAAUUGGCAAAUCAGAAAGACUUACCGUACAUGUGCGCUUACAAACUGGUGACGGUCAAGUUCAAGUGGUGGGGCCUCCAGAACAAAGUUGAAAACUUUAUACAGAAGCAAGAGAAGCGUCUGUUUACAAAUUUCCACCGGCAGCUGUUCUGUUGGCUUGAUAAGUGGGUUGAGCUGACUAUGGAUGACAUUCGCAGAAUGGAAGACGAGACCAAGAGACAGCUGGAUGAGAUGAGAGAAAAAGAUCCUGUGAAAGGAAUGACAGCAGAUGACUAAUGCCAUCCCUUCCCCUCAGCACUUUUUGCAAGACAGUGGUCAGCAGGAAGGGCCAGCAGCUCCACCCUCCCAAGAGACAGGCCAUCUCCGGACCCAGCCUUUCUGUGCCUGCUUGACAGGCGAUUUCCAACCCCUCAGUAGCUAAUUCUAGAUGCCCUUUAAUAUUGUGAACAAAUAGACCGUCUGGUAUUACUAAGCACACGUGUGCGGGAGCCGGCGCCUGCCUCUGAGACGUGUGGCGUGUAGGGUGCUGGAUCAACAGCUCCUCCCUCCUCUUUCCAUUGUGUUCUGACCCAUUUCCAUGUGGCCCCUAUUUCCAAGUGACAUUUCUAGCUGAAAUAGCUGUCUUUUGUGAUGUGAUUUAAAUGAUUUAAGUUUGUCUGUUUUAAACCUGGGAUAAACUGAGGCCUCUUGUGUCCUGGCCAGACCCUCAUGAUUCUGAGUGCUAACCUGGGGAGAAAGAAGCUAUCGGGUGGAUUGAUUGAUUUUUCUCUUCCUCCUUCCCCUUCCCUGCCCCCUCACCCCAGCUCUGGUCCCUGGAAUGGCAGUGCAGCUUCAAGACUCUUAACAUUUGCUUCUAGCAUCCCAGUAUUCUGGUGCUUCGUACCAACAGUAGCCAAGGCUUUCUUAGCCAAUCACAGUUUAGGAACAAAGCCCAGCCCAGCCCAGCCCUAGGCACCAGCUCCUGGAAUCCCUCUCUUUGGAAACACCUAAUAGCUUCUUAAACCAUUCUGUGACUCACUUUGUAUGCAUCGGCUUACAGAGCCCAUAAUGUCGCUGUCAAGUCUAGAGCUAGAGGGGCCUGUUCUAUUUGGCCCACCCUUGUAACGUUAUGCCACCUAUGAGAAGUGACCCCUUGGGGUGCUAUCUAUGCCUGUGCCCUGCCUCCCAGUCAGGCUGGUGCUUCUGUUGAGCAAUAAUCCCGUGUUCUCUUGGAUCCCUCGUCCCUGGCUCUGAGACUGGCUAGGAUGCAAGAGUCCCAAUCUUUUCAAGCUGCAUGCAAAAAAGCUCCCUUUGCCCUAAAGCUUCUGUAGUCGUCUCAUCUGCCAGUGCUGCCGGAGAGGGACUAGGAAGAGAGGGCUCUGAGGCCCAGGCCUUCAUUUGCCCCUGCUGAGCUCUGCUCCAGAUUGCCCCACACUCCAUCAGGGUGGGCCUGGUGAGGAGGUGUAGCCUCUAGCCAAGCUGGCCCUCCAGGAAGAGUCCGGAGCAUAUGGCUCUUCUCUUCAAUUAGCCAGCUGCUGGAGUCUCCUCCUCCUCAGCAAAACCUGAGAGGACUCUCAUCCUAGCCGAGGGCACAUACCAGAAGCAGCGGUGGUGGCACCAUUUCUCCAAAGCUGCUCGAAUCAUCAGUGUUCUAAGUCCAUGCUGCCCCGUGCUCGCACUGCCGAAGAGAGAGGCAGGAUCCCCAGCAGGGAGGAGGUAGUUUGUCUGCGGGUCUCUGUUAGUUUGCUUUGCCUUACUCAUUUCUAAGUGCAAUAAAAGGAGUGUAGGACUUCGCCUUCGACUCUGGUGGACCCUUCUCUGGGACCCUUCUGGGGAAAUGGGGUAGGUAGACACAAAGCCAAUUGAGCUGAAGCACAGAUCCUGAGUUUUCAAAAAAAGUUCCUUCUGGCCAUUUUCAAGCAAGCAUUCUUUGGCUCUAGGAGCUGCCCUAUUGUAGACACUUGGCCUCUGGCCUUGGUAAUCACCCAAGUCCAGCAGCCUCCUCAUUAUGGGUCCCCUGGAUAAAUAACUGGGUGUUCCAAUUGGUCCUUUGUGUGCUGACUACAUGGUGAGUCAGGGGGGAGUCUUCUCUGUGGGGGGAAAAAUUGUCAGUGUUGCUCUAAUCAUUCUCUUACUAUUAGCCAUAUUUGUGCUUAAACAACAGUUUUCUUCCUCCUGCCUUCAUCUGGAAGGUGGAACCUGGAUAUCUGUCCUCUCUGAGGAAAGACUGACAUUCAAAGCUAAUGAAUGUUUACACAUUUUCAGUCAGGAAAGGCUCAAAGGAGAAAAUCCUUCAAAUAGUCUUGCCAGCUUCUAAAUAAGAUCAAUGCACAAAACCUGAGAUCCUCCUGAGAUUUUUGCUUUCUUCCUACCUCCUCCUUGUCUGUACCCCUCUCCUAUAAUUUUAACCCAGAGUGAAAGCACCCUGAAGAUCUGGGCUGGAGAAUCCCAUAGGAUCUACCCUGAUCUUGGGGUUCUGAGCACUAAAAACCCUAAAGAAGGGAGGCCAAGGCUCACCCUCCAGAUGAUGGUGGUGGUGCUGCUGCUGCUGGGUGUUGGUGUUUGCUUCUCUAAGACCCCACCUCUCUCUGUCCAGCCUCCCCAUCCCCCUGGCCCUGCACCCAACCUUGCUAGCUCUUAGAGAGGCUUGGUGCUGGUGGUGUUAUACCUGAGGAUGCACUCUUUGGCUUCAGACGUGCUGCUAUUAGAUUUCCAGCACUGCAGUCCGGCAAGACCAUCCUUGGUAGAGUAUCCCCAAGCCUGGGUGCUGGCCUCCGGCAUUUCGAUUGAAGGGAGGUGUUGGUGAUAGUUUUUAUCUCUGGCACUCAUUCACCUUCCUGAGUUCUUAACUGCCCCUGCUGGGACCCCCUGACAAACAUGUUUUGGUUGGUUCCUAGUCCUAUACCUUUUACAAAAAACACUUUGUAGAAUUAACUAGAUUACCUUGUUGUUUCUUUAAUGUGAGUUUGUGCCUUUUUGUCUCCUAAUCUUCCAAUACAGGUAUAUUGGGGAAAAAAAAGUCUAAUAAAAUCAUAGACACAG